AUGUCUUCCCUCUUUCGCUCCGUCGCCCGUCCGUCGACCCGCAGAGCAGUAGCUUCCACCAAGCCAUUGAGAUGCAUGACCACAAUCGAUAGAACAUUCAUUCGGACCAGAGCAACUCUUCCCGACCUUGCUUAUGACUAUGGCGCCCUGGAGCCCGCCAUUUCUGGCAAGAUCAUGGAACUCCACCACAGCAAGCACCACCAGACCUACGUGAAUUCGUACAACGAUGCCUCGGAGAAGCUUGCCGCCGCCGUGGCCAACGACGAUAUCACUACCAAGAUUGCCCUUCAACCAUUGAUCAACUUCCACGGUGGUGGUCACCUCAAUCAUACUUUGUUCUGGGAGAACCUCGCACCUAGGAGCGCCGGUGGUGGGGAGCCUCCUUCUGGUGAAUUGGCCAAGGCCAUCGACGCCACCUAUGGUGGCUUGGAAGAGAUGAAGAAGAAGUUCAACGCUGCAUUGGCUGGUAUUCAAGGGAGUGGCUGGGCUUGGUUAGUCAAGGAUACCCAGACAGGAAACAUUGCCAUCAGGACAUAUGCCAAUCAAGAUCCCGUGGUUGGUCAAUUCAAGCCUUUGCUAGGUGUCGAUGCUUGGGAACAUGCUUAUUAUCUUCAAUACCAGAACCGAAAGGCCGAAUACUUCAGCGCCAUCUGGGAUGUCAUCAACUGGAAGGCUGCGGAGAAGAGAUUCGGCAGCUAA